AUGUCGAUUCCCAUUAGCAUCAUCCAGUCUGUCGCCACCUCUGUCUCUCCAGCGAGCUCGUCGCUCCACGACCACUUCCGUCGACGAGCCAUUGACCCCGACCCAGCUGAACCCAGGAUCCUCCAUCCCCUGGAGAACGAAGGCCUCAGACUCUUGAUCCUCGAGAACAUCAGCCAGGAGGCCGUCGCUGCAUUCCGAAGCCAGGGCUAUCAUGUGGAUCACCACACCAAGGCCUUCACGGAGGACGAGUUGGUCGAGAAGAUCGGCUCUUACCAUGGUAUUGGUAUUCGUAGCAAAACCAAGAUCACAGCCCGUGUUCUCCAGGCUGCCAAAAAGUUGCUGGUAAUCGGAUGCUUCUGCAUCGGUACCAACCAAGUCGAUCUCGAGGCAGCUGCCCAAGCUGGCAUUCCCGUCUUCAACUCCCCCUUCUCCAACUCCCGAUCCGUUGCCGAGUUGGUCAUGUCCGAACUGGUCGUCCUCUCCCGUCAGCUUUUCGAGCGAGCAUACGAAAUUCGGACGGGCCUCUGGAAUAAGCAAUCCAAAAACUGCUACGAAAUUCGUGGCAAGACUUUGGGCAUCGUCGGUUAUGGCCACAUCGGCUCCCAACUCUCCGUGCUUGCAGAAGCGUUCGGAAUGAGGGUACUCUUCCACGAUGUAUUGAACAUCAUGCCUCUCGGCCAGGCUCAACAAGUGGAAUCUCUUGACGCCCUCCUCGCUCAAUCAGACUUUGUCACACUUCACGUCCCCGAAUCACCAGACACGAUCAACAUGAUCUCCCGCGGUCAAUUGUCGAAGAUGAAGAAGGGCGCCUAUCUCAUCAACAAUGCUCGCGGCAAAGUCGUCGAUAUCCCCGCCCUCAUUGAAUUCCUUGAAUCGAAACACAUCGCCGGUGCGGCCAUCGACGUCUUCCCCAACGAGCCUGGCGCAAACGGCGAUCCAUUCGACGACCAGCUCAACUCUUGGGCCUCCAAACUGCGCAAUCUUCCCAACGUCGUCUUGACCCCACACAUCGGCGGGUCCACGGAAGAAGCCCAACGGAUGAUCGGUAUCGAAGUCUCCACAUACGUUAGUCGAUAUCUUGGUACCGGUUCCACCAUCGGUGCAGUCAAUUUCCCGGAAGUCGACUUGCGUGCCAUCACCAAGGACCAGCAAAACCAGAUUCGUAUCUGCCAUGUACACAGGAACCAGCCUGGUGUCCUCAAACAGGUCAACGACGCGUUGUCCCCAUACAACGUCGAGAAGCAGUACUCGGAUUCCAAGGGCGAGAUUGCAUACGUUAUGGCCGAUAUCUCCAACGUCAGCACUACCGACGACUGGGCCGCCCUCAAAGAACGAAUCAACAACACCGAUGCGAACAUCUUGACUCGCUUCCUUGCUUAG